CGAAUUCUUCAAGUUUGAUAUUUUGCUAACAUGUCGGCAAACGCCGAUAAAGAGAAAAAUUCAACAAAAAUGGCUGAAGAUCGUGAGGAAAAGAAAGCGACUAGCCCCAUUGACAAGGAAGAUUCCAAGGUAGAAGCUGGUGCCAUCGAUAAAAAGAAAACCGACGAUAUUGAAGACGGCAACGGCGAAGCCAGUGGAAAGGAAACUGCAUCUGCUGACGAUAAGACCGAAGACAAACUCAAGUCCAAAAACGCAACAGAUGAUAGAAAUGUUGCCGAAGAAGAGGAUGGUGAGGCAGAAGAAGCCGAAGAUGAAGAAGAGGAGUUAGAAGACGAGGAAGAUGAGGCGGAUGAUCAGGCCAAAUCGAAGUCGGCGAAGGUGGCUAACAAAGAAGCGACUGUUGUUAAAGAGAAGUCAAAGCCAGAACAAAAACCUGCCGCAAAAAAUGGCGAAAAAAAAACUAUUCCAACCGGUAAACCGCUUGGAGCCAUCGCUCUGAUCGACGCAAACAUCGCCAAGAGCAAGAUGGAGACAUUACAAACUUUGCAUGUGUUCAUCUUUGAAAAAGAGGGCAAAGCUCCGUUCAUGAAGAAAAAUAUUAAAAAAUUUGACGGUUUCGAGUUUGAUGCCGACUCAGAUGAGUACAAGAAGCGAUUGCAAGCAGCCGAGAAGUUGGAUAUGAAAAAACUUGCUCAAACAGCCGAAAUCCUGGAGUUGGACAUUAAGGGAUCCAAAGAGGAGCUUGCUGAUCGUAUCUUUAAAUUCUUGCUUCAACCAGACGGAGAUGAAGAGCUACCAGAAGAAGAUAUUGACGAAGAGGAAGCAGAUGACGGUGCUGAAGAGGAGGAGGAAGCCAGCGAAGACGAAAAGAAGAAACCGACCAAACGUCCGACAGCUUCCUCUGGUAGAGGUCGUGAGACUUCCAAAGGGUCUGGUGGUAGACCAAAACGAGCUACUGCUGGGCGAGGUUAUCAAGAUAAUUCCUUAUAUGUAGAUUACACCAGUUCCGAAGAUGAAGAGCGGGUAGUGAAACCAAGGGGGCGUCGUCGCAACGAUUCCGACAGUGGAUCUGACUACAAUCCAUCAGCUGGCUCUGAUUCUGAUGCCGGGAAACGGAGGUCUACUCGUGCUCCAGCUCGUGGAAGUCGUGUUUCAGCAAGAAAUCGCCGUAAACAGUCUAGUGAAGAAGAAGAUUCCGACCCGAGUCCAAGCGAUGAUGAUUUCAGCGAUGAUGAACCUAAGAAGAAGAAAGCAAAACCGGUCGCACGGGGCCGGGGACGCCCAGCUGGGCGAGUGGCUGUUGCGACCAAAGGUCGUGGUCGCAAGCGAAAGGCUGAUACCGAGAGCGAAGAAGAAGAAGAUUCGCUGGCAGAAAGUGAGGACAGCGAGAGAGUUCCGAAAAAAUCCCCCGUCAAAAGCAGUAAACCCGCGGAUAAUAACAAGGCGAAGAAUGCGUCCCCCACAAAAGGUAGAGGUAGGCCAAAACGAGAAAUGCCAACCAAGAAAUCAAAACGCGAACAAAGUUCCGCCGAAGAAGAGGACGACGAGGAGCAGGAGCUUGGAGAAAACGAAUCCGAAGAGGAUGAGAAGCCUCUGAAAAAGACCGACAAAGAGGAAACAAAGAGCAAGGAAGUGAAUGAAAAGGAUUCUGCAGCACCUCCCAGUGAGGAUGAUAUCAAAGAAUUUCUCAAAGAGAUCCUUGAGGAAGCCAAUCUAGAAGAAAUCACCAUGAAAACGGUGUGUAAAAAGGUGUACGCCAAGUAUCCGGACCAUGAUCUGUCGCAUAAAAAAGAUUUCAUUAAGGCAACAGUCAAAUCUCUAAUAUCGACGUAAGAAAUCCAAUGUGUGAGGAUUUAUGUUUUUCACAAGUUUAUGCACGUUUUAUCACCUUCAAGAAAUAACUAAUAUUUUACCAUGGAUAUGAUAAGAGCAUACAGUAACGUGAUUCUAACACGUAUUAGGAGUGUCGUUUGACGACGAUCAGUGAUGAGACAAGCAGACAACCUAGACGGAAUGGGAGCUGCGAUGGAUUUAGUAGUCAAAUCAAGUCACAAUCUAAGCAGAGCAAAUUUCAAUUAAGUUCAAAUCCGUUUGAACAGAAGCAAACCAUUAAACAAGAAGCAACCUUCAAUAGAAAGUAGAAGAGCAGUUUAUCAGAAAUGUAAAGUUAAGCGUCAUUUAUGCAAACUGAUCUUAUUAGAACGUAUAUAAAUUUCAAAACUAAAUCGUGGGACGAUUUUCGAUUCAGAUGUACAAAAUUCCAGAUUACAUCAAAGAAUUUUAUACCUGUGAAACAUGUUGCGAAUUUGUUUUCAGUGUUUUUUUUUUCUUCUUUUUUUUUAGUUGUAGAUUAUUGUUAUGUGCAUAACAAAAUUUAAACCUUUUUCCGCUAUCGAACGAAAGUUUAUUGAUAUUUUUAGUCUUUUGAAGCUAUUGAAUGUUGGUCUAACCCUCUCCAAGAUAUUCGUUUUCUGCACUAUGUAAUUAAAAAGAAAACAAAUAAAAUCAAAGAGCAUUAAUUCGGAUCAUGGCGAAUGCUAAAGGCAACAACGUAUAGGACAAUUUUUCGGACCCAAGUUACACCCAAUUUCGGCCUCAAAUCAGAAUCAGAUUGAAAUCGAAAACGUAAACCUCUAGAGUUUUUAAUAAUAAUCAGAGUCGAAAUAACAAAACAAAAUUGUGAAAUAAAUAUACAAAGAAGAACACUAACAAAUUAAGUCGUGUUGAGAUGACGGAUAAUAGUUCUUUUUAUAUCGAGAGUAAUGUAAUAUUAAUAAAUGCUAUAAAAUGAAGUGUUUAAUAUAAUGAAGCAAACGGACAAGAAAGAAGAAACAUUCAAAAAUAUUCAGAUAAAAAUAAACUAUUAUAUCUAGGUGGAA